CUCCUCCUCUUCUCCUUCCUUCCCUCGCUCCUCUCCUCCUCUUCUCCCUCCUUCCUUCCCUCGCUCCUCUCCUCCUCUUCUCCCUCCUUCCUUCCCUCGCUCCUCUCCUCCUCUUCUCUCCUCCUCCCAGCUAGGAGAGUGGGAUUCUGGGACUCCCACUGAGCAGACAGACAGAAGAACAGCUAGAGGUCCCAUCCAUCCCUCUCUCUGUCCAUCCCUCUCUCUCUCUCUCUCACACAUCUCUCUGUUUUGAGAAGAGGAUCUUGCCUCCGCCCCGACCCAGGGAUAGGAACCAGGGGUCCAGGCCAAGAGGGAGUCACUGUGUUACUGGAACUCAGCCAGAGAGACUCUGUCUCCUGCUACGGCCAGAAGGAUUCCUGCUACAUGGGUAAACGCUUGGAACAGCAACAGAUGUACCCCCAAUACAUCUACUAUUACCCCCACUACCUCCAGACUAAGCAGUCCUAUGCCCCUCCCCCUUCCACCAUGGUCCCUCCCAGUCCCAGCCCUAACAACGGUCACCGAGGAGGAGGAGGAGGAGGAGGUGGAGGCUGUAGUAUGGAGCAGCUCAGUCACACUAACCUGUACAUCAGAGGACUACCCCCUGGGACCAGUGACCAGGACCUCAUCAAACUAUGUCAACCAUAUGGGAAAAUAGUGUCAACCAAGGCCAUACUGGACAAGAACACUAAUCAAUGCAAAGGAUAUGGCUUUGUGGACUUUGACAACCCGACAGCAGCCCAGAAAGCUGUAGCCUCUCUAAAGGCCAGCGGAGUCCAGGCACAGAUGGCCAAGCAACAGGAACAGGACCCUACUAACCUGUACAUCUCCAACCUGCCUGUAUCCAUGGAUGAGCAGGAGCUGGAGAACAUGCUGAAACCGUUCAGUCACGUCAUCUCAACACGGGUACUACGGGACGCCAACGGGGUCAGCAGAGGAGUCGGCUUCGCCAGGAUGGAGUCGACAGAGAAGUGUGACGUGGUGAUUCAACAUUUCAACGGAAAGUUUCUGAAGACUCCACCAGGCAUACCAGCUCCUGUAGAACCCCUACUCUGUAAGUUUGCAGAUGGAGGACAGAAGAAGAGGCUGAACCAGAACAAGUACCCCCAAAACGGACAACCAUGGACCAGAGAUGGAGAGAGUGGCAUGACGUUGACAUAUGAUCCCACUGCAAUGCAUAAUGGGUUCUACUCCUCUCCAUACAUCUCUACCAAUAGGAUGAUAGCACAGACAUCCAUCACUCCCUUUGUUGCUGCCUCACCCGUCUCCACGUACCAGGUCCAGAAUCCAUCCUGGAUGCCUCAUCAACAGUAUGUUAUGCAACCUACCGGUGCUGUGAUAACCCCAGCUAUGGACCUCUCCCUGCCCAUGCAGCCCUCCAGUAUGAUGGCUCCUAUAACACAUCAGAUGAACCACAUGUCUCUGGGAAACACAGGAACCCAGUACAUGUCUGCAGCAGCUGCUCCAGUUCAAGGAGCCUACAUUCCUCAGUACACUGCAGUGCCUGGCUCCACCCUCUCAGUAGACGCAGUGGUAACAGAGGACUCGCCCCAGACUGUACCCCCCUCCUCACAGGACCCUAACGGACAGCCACACCUGGACAACGACUCACCUGCCUACUCCUACCAACAGACUAAAUAACAAGAGGAUGAGGAGUGAUUGUUUCCGGUAACUGCAUUGCCUUGAGACAGGGGGCUGCACAGAAGCACUGGAGGGAUGGAGGGAGGAAAAAUAAUGGAUGACAAAAGGAGGACAAAAAGAGAUCGUUUUAUCUUUGCACGGGCAUCAAAAAAAUACUUUGUUUUAUCUGUCCUGAGAGAGAGAGAAGAAAGAGAGAAGAGAUAGAGGAAGAGAAGAGAUGGGAGAGAGAAGAGAGAAGAUGAGAGAGAAGAGAGAAGAGAUGGGAAAGAGAGAAGAGAUGGGAGAGAGAGAAGAUGGGAGAGAGAGAAGAUGGGAGAGAGAGAAGAUGGGAGAGAGAGAGAAGAGAGAAGAGAUGGGAGAGAGAGAAGAUGGGAGAGAGAGAGAAGAGAGAAGAGAUGGGAGAGAGAGAGAGAGAGAGGUUGUGAUUGUGAUUUAGAUAAAGUCUCAGAAGAUGGAGAGGUGCGGUAUGGGACAUUGAGUUUAUUGAGCGGGCCAGCAUUAAACUGGAGUCGUCCUUCGAAAAAGAAAAGAACAGAGUGAAAAACAUAUAAAAAUAUAAAUAAAUAAAAGAACAGACAAAAAAAUGAACUUAAAAAUGAACAAACAGACAAAUAUCCGUGUGAAUGUGCAGGUAGGUUUUCAGAUCAGGACACUUUUUAAUAGAAGAGGAGGUAAAGUUCUAGAGAACAAACAAACAAAUUAAACGGGUUGUCUUCCUUUGAUAUUAAGCUACUAUAUUUUUUAUUAUUUUCAUGAUUUAAAAUGUAGUUUUCUAGAGAAAAAAAAAAAAAGUAACAUAUUUUUUUUGCCUUAAUUUCUCAGACGUUGGAAACUCGUCGGUCCUUUCGUCUGAAAUUGUUUAAAAACAUCUGUAAAAACAAUAAUGACUUGAGUGCAUAUCAAGAGGCUUAUGAAUGCUUUCCACGGUUCCAGAUACACCGAGAUUAAAUCUAUGGACAUCAAUGUACAGGUUAUAAAGAGAACUGUAUGAAGAAGAUUUUAAAUUAUGUGGUUUGUAGUCAUUUGUGUUUGGGGAGAAGAGAAUCUCCAUGGUGAUAGUAGGUGGGAGGGGGCAAUAAAAAAAUAUAACCGCUGUAUUGUGGGAAAUGCAGUUUAUCGAUGAAAAAUGUUUUAGUUACUUAACAUGGCAUUAGUGUGUUUUUACUUGCAAUAUUUUUUUUUACAAGGUACUACAGUUUUAUUUUUUUGCCUGCUAUUGCUUGUCUCAUCGCAAAACAAGAAAUGAAACAAAAAUAACCAAAAAUUCAACUUCUAGUGAAAACGUAUAUAGACAAGAGUUUCUGUGUACAAAGGGACGUGUUCAAAAUGAAGCAAUAGUGUUAAAGAAAUUGGUGACAAUUUUCUUUAGUCUUUUUAUAGCUGUGGAUCAAAUGCAGCCAACAGACAACAGCUUUUAUACCACAGAAGAACAAACAGGUAGAGACAGUGGAGUAGAGCGAGAGAUUUUUUUAAAAUUCAUAUUUUAACUUUUCCAUUUGGCUUUCUUGCUUUUGUUGUAUGAUGCACUGUACAUUAGAUGGUUUGAGGGUUGGACUUGUGUGCUUAGGACUCUUCCCAUUGGCUCUGCUGGGGUUAAGGUGUUCAUAGAGUUCUACCAUUGGUGCAGUCAUGUGUCACUCAUACCUUCAGCAACAAGGUGUGUAACAGGUCAGAGAAAGCUCAGUUUUAUCAUAACCCAAUAUAAUCUGAGAGAAAUCUGCUCGAGAAACAGAGUAAACCCUUCAGUCCCUGAUAUAGUGAUGGUGGUUUAUCCAAUGUAAAAUCACACAAUCUCUCUCCACUGUUAUAACAAACACAAACCAUGUUACAGGAUGUAAAGCUCAUCCACUGAGCCCCGUUACUGAAGGGAUAGGAUACUACCGUCUGCAAAGACACCAUGCUAGUUUCUGGUAGCUUAUCUGCUCAUCUUUAGCUAUCUUGUCUGAGAGAGGAAAAAAGAAAAGUAAAAUAAAACAUACAUUUUUUUUUAAA